ACACAAACACAUAUGUUGCCGCUCCUCGUCCCCAGCGUCGCCUUGCUCGGACUGGUGCUCCAGCCGCCAUCGCCGGCGGCGCGCUCGGUGCGUGCGCCUCGCGCGGGCCGGGUCCUCCUCGGCUGGGGGCCGGACCCGGUGUGGUCGGACCAGAGCGUCGAGUCGAUCAGCGACGCUGGUGAGGGACUCAAGGCGAUCACGAUUGACGCGGCGCUGGACGGCUUCGGCAAGGGCGGCCAGUAUCUCCAGAUCCGCGAGCCUGGCGCCGAGAAGGCCGGCAUCUUCGCCAUCGCGUCUGCGCCCGGCGCCUCGCCGCUCGAGUUUCUAAUCAAGGAGCAGCCACCAUCGGACUGGUCGCCGGGGACGGGGUGGCUGACGGGCGCGUCGGCGGGCGCCGCGCUCGAGAUGUCGCAGGCGAUGGGGAGCGGCUUCCUCAAGACGGACGACGCUCUCGAGGGCAUCUCCACCGUCCUGCUCUUUGCGGUUGGCUCUGGCAUCUCUCCGAUCCGAUCCGUCAUCGAGUCGGGCGCGCUCGACGGGAAGAGCGUCGAGCUCUUCUACGGCGCGCGCACGCCGGCGAUGAUGUCCUACACCGACAAGUUUGCCGCGUGGGAGGAGCUCGGCGUGAGCGUCACGCCCGUCAUCUCGCAGCCGGAGGGCACCGGCUGGGAGGGCUGCACGGGCUACGUCCAGGACGUGGCGAGGGAAAAGGGCAUUGCGGACCCCAAGGCGACCGCGCUACUGCUGUGCGGCAUGAAGGGCAUGGCGGUCGCGAUCAAGGAGAUGGCGGAGGAGGCGGGCAUCCCAGAGGAGCGCGUGCUGGCCAACUUUUGAGCUCGAGCUGCUGUUGGGCCUCACGCGGCGCCCUGCACCGAGGCGAGAGGGCCCAUGCACAUGAACAUGAAACAUGUGCAUGUGCAUGCACAUGUCACACAUGCACAUGUGCACGUGCAUGUGCAUGCACAUGCACGUGCACAUGUCCAUGUGCAUGUGCACGCACAUGUGGCAUGCGUGCAAUACGGUAGGAGCGCUAUACAGGACGGUGCUGUCCGGCAUGACGGCUAAAAAAGUUCACAGGCCGUAAACC